UCUCGCAGCCAACGCCCAAGUUUCAAGAGAGGAUUUGGUUAAUCCUACUACGUUCCCUUCCUCAUUCAUUUACAUUCCAGAACAUUCACUAAAAUUGCGCUUCAUUUCCCGCCGCACGAGUCUGUUGGCAAGCUUUGAAUCCCGCAACUUUCAUAUGCUGUCCUUCCCCGUUCGGCACCAUGCGGGUCUACAAUAUCGAAAGCAAUACAGAAUGCAAGCUGUAAUCCUUGCAAAACCCAGUCUCCGAUCUUGCCGCUCUUCACGGCCACUCACAUUCCUUCAGGCAUCAUGCUCCGACCGAACCCUCGCUGGCCGCACUUGGUCCAACCAGACCCGAAACCUGACCGUAUCUAGACAAUCGCAGGAGCAGCCUAAACCCGGGCUCCAACCAUUGGUAGCAGAUGAUGCCAUCAUCCUCUCCAAGCAAGCAUAUUCACAAGCCAAAUAUGUUGGUGGACUCCGGGAGUUGCUCCGGGCUCAUGGUGAGGCGCUGCGACCGAAGGAGUCAACUCUGUCAGAUGUGGCGUUAGAAGAUGCGCUGGAGAGCGUCGCCGCGAAACGAAAGUUGGGUCAACGUUAUAAAAGAGCAGAACGGAGACUCCGCGAUACUUUCCCGGGACGGUCACUCCAGGAGGUCAUUGGCGAGCUUGAACCUAUUGCUCAUUUUAGGUCAGGAAAGCCAGAACCUAUAGUUGAUCAGUCUACGAAGGAAGUCCUCCGAGCUCUGGGGCUGGUGACAGGUGAAGGCCAGGAUAAGCAGAAGCAGGUUCCGCGCCCUCGGAAGAGCCUCGUCAGAAAGACUGGUGGUAUUCGAACUAGAAUCCGGAGACUGUCAGGUACUCCGCGCGGCCCUGGCAGGAUUCGCAAGGUUUCGUCGUCCAGACUGAAAACGCCUUUGAUACGGAAAAUGGGAAGUAGCAACGAAGACAAUCCGCCAGCAUUGGAUAGUUCUCUUGCUCAUGAGGUCACUCUCGAGAACUUUGCAUUUGAACCACUGGAGGUCGAGAGGUCCAAGGUACCUCAACUCAGCCACGACUUAUCUCGCGUACUGUUCAACCCGGGGGUCUACCAGCUGCAAGACCCCAGGUCGAGAGUCUGGAACUUUGAUCCCUACCUGGGGAACCUGAUGCCCGUGUCUGAGUUCAACUAUGAUGCGCUAAAUAAAUACAUCACAUCUUCCGAGGAUGCCACGCUGCGCGAAGUCGCUUCGCAGCACGACAAGCGCUAUAUUGGGUCGACUUCCAGCAUGUCAGGAGUCCUGUCUCACUUUCACUUUCUACUCUCGGCUUGGCGGGAACUGACACUGGACAAUCUGUCUCGAGGGUUCAAAGACGACGGGUAUCAAUUUACAAAGAUCCAGCGAGGCCCGACGGCAAUCUUCUUAAAGUACAAGGACGGGGUAUAUGCCGUCGACGCGGAUAAAGAGUUCGAUUCAGCCAAUAUUCUGAUGAGCUUGGGUCGGUCGAUGGAAAAGCUUUUAACCAAUGACAAGGAGGAGUUUGAACGAUACCGCAAGACGCACAGCGCAGGAAAUGGUAUGCAGGUGCAGCCCUCCGAGCCAGAAGCAUAUCACUACAGCGAAUUAGGUCAGUUCCUGAUAAGAUCACAACUCGACGCGCAUGAUCCGAGACUCCCGGGCACAGGCAUGUUUGAUCUCAAAACUAGGGCAGUCGCGGCAGUGCGUAUGAUGGUCCGCAAGCAUGAACAAGGUACAGGCUAUCAGAUCAAAGAAAGGUAUGGCACGUGGGAGUCGUACGAACGAGAAUACUACGAUAUGAUGAGGUCGGCAUUCCUCAAAUAUUCGCUGCAAGUGCGCAUGGGACGAAUGGACGGCAUCUUUGUGGCAUACCACAAUACUGAACGUUUAUUUGGGUUCCAGUAUAUCCCUCUCUCGGAGAUGGACCUCGCCCUGCACGGUCAGACAGAUCCGACACUAGGAGACCGCGAGUUCCGGUUCAGUGUCAAGCUCCUUAGCGAAAUCUUCAAUGCAGCAACUGAACGGUUUCCCAAGCAAUCGUUGCGGUUCCAUUUUGAAGCAAGAGAAGCCACGAAGCUGCAACCGCCUCACAUGUACAUCUUUGCUGAGCCGGUCUCGGAUGCGGAGAUUGUUGAGAUUCAGAACUCGAAAAAGGAAGAAAUCGCGGCAUUUGAGAACCGCAUCUUCAACCCGGAAAAGGCACAUGUUUCGCGAAGGAGGACAGAGCAUGAUGCUGAGCGAGAGGAAGCAGAUAUAUCUGAAUCGGAUAAAGAGGCUACCGCACUUCCUUCGGAUGCGCCUAACGGUGUAACAGAACAAGCACCCGCAGGUCGUAAGUCGAACGCAGCUGAUGUCAAGUUUCUGGAGAGCAUCAUGGGCGUUGAUAUCCAUGAAGCUAUCAAGGAACAAGUGCCGGCAAAGAAGCCUGCAUCACAGCCGGAAGCCGAACCGGUUGUUAACAAACCACUACUGGGCUGGAGGCUGAACCUCACAAACUUUGUGAAUAAGCUUCCUGUCAGCCGACCUCAGGACUUGCAGGAGACGGACAGCUGGAGUGUCCAAUACACGCUGACCCCUUUCUCAGAAGCAAUGACUCAGCGGAACUACAUGUUAUGCAAGAAUCGACGGAAGACAGCCUUGGACGCUCCACAGGAGCAGGAUGAAUCAGUCCGUUACUAUGUCAGACGAUUGAUGUCCAUGAGCGAGGAAGGGGCUGAAUGGCGUCGGAAACUAGACGAGUACGACGCACAGCGAGAAAGAGUGGUGCUUUAUAACAACCAUUUAUCUGGCGACAAGACGGAUUCAAAGAAGCGGUGAUGGGGUUUGUAUAACAGCAAGAGAUGGGAUACUUGCCUGGAUUCCAAAAGCGAUCACGUACCAUAGAGGAGGACACCGUGUUAGGCUCAUGCUGGACCUGAUAGCGGAUCCAACGGGGGUGUAUUUUGCCCUUCUGUGCAAUGUCUCUACCAGUCAAGACAUCAGUUGUACAAUGAUAUCAAGCGAGGUGUUUUGGGGGGGCUGAAAUUGUUCCCAAGACAAGAGCAGAAACAUGUUUCAUUGCGACCGGUGCCGGCUUGAGUUAGCACUGAUGAUGAUACCAACCCUCACACACGCAUGGACGCAUUUGGUCUUGAUUAAUGGUGUCUUUGCUCAUCGGUCAGAUCAUCUGUCUUGUACCAGUUAAUUGGAUAAUACGCACAACGGUCGAUGUGUGCUCCGGGUGGAAUUAAGUAGAGU